CGCUGUGUUUGAAUCCCACGAGGUUGCCUUCUUUUCUGUUUCAUUGAUAAAUCUGUGUGUGUGUGUGUGUAUUUUAUUGUGGUUUAGUUGAGCAAUGGAUUGCCUUGGCUGGGCUGCUAAAGAUCGAUCUGGAGUUUUAUCACCGUACAAAUUCAAGCGCAGGCCUGUUGGAAGUGACGAUAUUUCCAUAAAGAUUACUCAUUGUGGAGUUUGCCAUGCUGAUGUUGUUUGGACCAGGAAUUUGCUUGGGAAUUCAAACUAUCCUGUGGUGCCAGGGCAUGAGAUUGCUGGUAUUGUGAAGGAGGUGGGUUCGAAUGUUCAACGGUUCAAGGUCGGUGAUCCGGUUGGAGUGGGAACUUAUAUCAACUCAUGCAGAGACUGUGAGUAUUGCAAUGAUGGCUGGGAAGUUCAUUGUGAGAAAGGGACUCUUUUCACGUUUAAUGCUAUUGAUGCGGAUGGAACUGUCACAAAAGGUGGAUAUUCCAGCUCUAUUGUUGUCCAUGAAAGGUACUGCUUCAAAAUACCAAGCGACUAUCCUUUGGCUUCAGCAGCACCUCUGCUUUGUGCUGGGGUCACUGUUUAUACACCAAUGGUCCUCCAUAACAUGAACCAACCCGGAAAAUCUUUAGGAGUGAUUGGGCUCGGCGGUCUCGGUCACAUGGCGGUGAAGUUUGGUAAGGCUUUUGGGUUGAAUGUAACGGUUCUUAGCACAAGCAUAUCCAAGAAAGAGGAGGCCCUGAACCUGCUUGGUGCAGACAAAUUUGUCGUCUCUUCUGAUCACCGGCAGAUGAGGAGCCUAUCAAGAUCGUUGGACUUUAUAAUUGACACUGCAUCUGGCAAUCAUCCAUUUGAUCCCUACUUGUCACUUCUGAGGCCCGCUGGUGUUUAUGCCCUUGUUGGGUUCCCAAGUGAAAUCAGAUUCAGCCCCGGAAGCCUUAAUCUGGGUAUGAGAACUUUUACGGGAAGCGUGACAGGGGGAACAAAAAUAAUUCAAGAGAUGAUAGACUUUUGUGCUGCUCAAAAAAUUUACCCACAGAUAGAGGUAAUACCAAUCCAGUAUGCCACUGAAGCUCUUGAAAGGCUGGUAAAGAGGGAUGUUAAGUACCGCUUUGUCAUCGACAUCGAGAACUCCCUGUAAUACACUAAACGUAUCAUGACCCCCAUUGAUCUUGCGUGGUCGGCUUCCACUUCAAAUAUUUGCUGAAUAAAUGGCAAUAUUGCCACUGAAAAUUGUUAUGUAGUCUUGAGUUUUGAUUAAGUACCGCUUUGUCAUCGACAUCGAGAACUCCCUGUAAUACACUAAACGUAUCAUGACCCCCAUUGAUCUUGCGUGGUCGGCUUCCACUUCAAAUAUUUGCUGAAUAAAUGGCAAUAUUGCCACUGAAAAUUGUUAUGUAGUCUUGAGUUUUGAUCAAGACAGUUUCUGUUGAA